GACAUGGAGUGCUGCACUAUCAUUCUACUUCUGUUAGUAUUUCAUGCGAUGCAUGGGCAAGGUGUCGCAGAUGGUGACUUAACCACUCAUCCUGAUUCUCUCGCACAUGGUGGCUAUUCCACUCCUGAUUCUGUCGCAGACUAUUCCACUCCUCCUGUUACGCAGUAUGAAUUUGCUGGUCAUCAAACAGAGAGCAGUCUUGGAUGUGGCCAAGAACUCGGAGGACCGCAGCCAGAAUUUAGCUUUACACAACCAACCGAAACUGAAAAUAUGUCUCAGCAAAAGGAAAUAUGUGAUGUGACGACGGAGGAAGCCGGACUGGGUUCCACAGCGCCGGUACAGCCAGAGCGCAAAAAAACCGGAGGCCAGGACACAUCAGGAUCAGACCUAUACAAUCUUUUUUAUGAAGUUACCAUCGCUUUCUUGCAGGGUGUAGCAGUAUUUUUAACUGACAUAUUCAGUGCUCUUAAUAGCCUCAAUUUAUCGCUGCAAGGAAAGGGUGUUUACAACUUCUAUGUUCAAGAUAAAAUGGAAGCAUCUAUUAAAAAACUGGGAAGAUGGUCUAGUAAAGUGAAAGAGAGCUCUUUUGAUGCAUUCCCACUCCUCAAUGAUUUCUUAGAAUCAUAUGGAAUCAGAGUUAACGAGGAAACAGUAGCUGCCAUGAAGGAACAUCUUGAAGCACUGGCCUCUAGUGUCAAGUACUUAUUCUGA